GUUUUAUUCCAAUUCUUUAAACAAGAUUCAGACUGUGAACUGAAAUAUGGAAAAACCUGGAAGGUCAAAAAAAAAAAACGUGAUUUAUUUUCUAAAACAAUUCAAUCUGAAGGGAUUUUCUCUCCCCCCCAGGGUGGUGGAUGUAGAAAUGUUGCAUUUUUAGGUGUGGAAAAUACCUGAGGAAAGGAAAUUCCACCUUCCAGCCUGGGAAUUCCUCCAGCUUUGGGCUGGAAUUCUGCUUUUCUCACCCCUCACUCCCAGGAUUUCAGCAAACAGAAGAAUUCAGGCUUGAAAUAAUUUGAUUUUUAACUCCCAAGAGCAUUGGGGGAAACACCUUGGGAAAACUUGAACUUCCACCAGGAGGAGCUCCAGGAGUUUUUAGGAGUAAAUUCCCUGGAAAAUCCAUCAGAUUUUGAAGCUCCAAAAGUGAAUUUAACCCUGUGGAGAUGGAAGAACAGGAGGGAACCUUGCACUUAAAUCCUGGUUUAUUUUUAUUCCCUUUGUCAAGCAGACAAAAAAAAGAAAAAAACCCCUACAAUAAUUAAUAUGAGAACCCAACUUUUCCUCUCUUUAUUUUAAUUUUAGAUUUGAGAAAAUUCCCUGGCCAAAAAAAAAAAAAAAAAUCCUGGAAAAUUCACAAAAUUUCCUUUGUGUGAGUAAAAGGUUCCAAGUGUUUCUUCUUAAGCUGUACAGAACAAUUUCAUUGAAUUUUGUCCUCCCCAGAGAGUCAGAAAUCCUUUGCACAGCAAUGUCAGGGGGGUAAAAUUGAUUUUUAUUUGGUUUUGAGCCGGUUUGGUCGCGAGGUUGUGCGGAAAAGAACCCUAAAAAUCAGAAUUUUUAGAAGAAUAUCCAAAAGAAAAGUGGGAUUCACCUGCAACAAAGGCUGAAAAUAAAACCAAUUUUGGGUGGCACCCAAACCCCAAUCAGCUGCUGCAUUGGAGCUAAUGCUGGAUGAAUGAUCAGGGAACAGCAGAAAUGGAAAAAUGGGGAAAUUGGAUGGAAAACCCCAAAUUCCCAACCAAUUCCUUGGCUGAGGGAUGGGCAUGGAUGAGUUUGUCCCUGUGCUGUCCCCAUGUCCCCAAACCCCCUCAUCCAAACCCCCCCAAAAAUCGCAUUUUUCCCCCAGUGAGGCUUUGAUGGGCCAAAAUUCCCGAUUUUUUUGCUGCUUUUCUCCUUGUCCUGCUGUCCCUGCCUGCUUUGGGGUGUGUAUAAACACAUUUCUGGGUUUAUACACACAAAAUUUGGGGGUUUUUUUUUGUUGUUCUUGUUGUUGUACAGGUCAUAAAUACGGGGGAAGGUUUUUGUGUUUUCUUAAUAGGUGAAGAAAUCUCAGAAGACCCGAAAUUGCAACUUACUGAAUUAAAUAAUUAAAAAAAAAAAAUUAAAAAAAAAAAAUUAGAAAUUUCCCCAGCUAUGGAAGAUGGAGCCUCAUUUUUUUUGCAGCCACUUUGAAUCCUGAGUUCAUCUUUCAAAAACAAAAAAAAAACCAAAAAGGCGCUGGGGUUUUUUUUUUUAAUAAAUUUUUUUUGUUGGUUUUUUUUAUGAUUUUUCUUCUUUUUAUUGGAAGAGCUAAAAUAUCCCUGGCUGUCUCCAGUGUGCCAGAUUUGCAAUGGACUCAAUUCCUCCAUUAGUUGUCAGAUUGUUCUGAGAGCACCUCAGAGUUUGGAAUUGUUGGCUGAGAGGUUCCCUUGGAAUUGUCAGGAGGAAAAAACAAAAAAAAAACAAAAAAAAAACCAAAACAAAAAAGGCAAAAUUCAAAAAUUCUUUCUGCCCCUUUGUUAUUCAUUCACGGACUCCUUCGGCCUACAGGAGAGGGGAACUGCAUGGCUGGGAAGAUCAGAGCCUGUGCUCAACGUGGCCAGGGUUACUUUUAAAAAGCAGCUGUCAGAGCUAAGCCAGGAGAAGCCUUUGAGAAGCCAAUUCUGCCCAGGCUGGAGGAGGGAGAGCCCUGGGAGGAGCAAAGCCCGAGUAGGGAGUGAGGAUCCCUGCAGCAUGUCCAGCCAGGGCGAUGACUGCUACUUCUACUUCUACUCCACCUGCACCAAGGGCGAUUCCUGCUCCUUCCGGCACUGUGAGGCCGCCCUGGGCAGUGAGACCGUCUGCACCCUGUGGCAGGAGGGCCGGUGCUUCAGGAAUGUCUGCAGGUUCAGGCACAUGGAAAUCGAUAAAAAGCGCAGUGAGAUCGCCUGUUACUGGGAGAACCAGCCUGGGGGCUGCCAGAAGCACAACUGUGCCUUCCACCACACCAAGGGCAGAUACGUGGAUGGGCUCUUCCUUCCCCCCAGCAAAACCACUCUCCCCAGCCCCCCCGAGGCUGCAGAGGAUGAGGUGAAGUUGGUGCAGCUGCAGCAGAACAAACUCUCAGCUCAGUCCAACCCCUGCCCUCAGCUCAGGGGGGUGAUGAAAGUGGAGAAUUCUGAGAAUGUCCCCAGUCCCACCCACCCCCCAGUGGUCAUCAACGCUGCAGAUGAUGAUGAAGAUGAUGAUGACCAGCUUUCUGAAGAAGGAGAAGAAACCAAAACCCCAGUGCAGCCUCCACCCCCAGAGAGCCACAAUGGGCUGAGGGUGAUUUCCACCAGGAAAUCCAACCCCAGUGCAAAGCCAGAUGACAACUUAAAUUUUGGAAUCAAAACCUUGGAAGAGAUCAAACUGAAGAAACUCAAGGAAAAAGCCAAAAAACAAGAAGGUCCUUCAGGAGUGGCUGUGGAGCCUCUCCAAGCCCGGAACAUUCCUGUGCCAGAGAAGGAAAAUGUCAGGACUGUGCUGAGAACUGUGACCCUCUCCUCCAAGGAAGGGGAGGACCCUGUGAUCCAGCUGAACCUUCCUGACAGACUGGGGAAAAGGAAAACCCUCAUGGGUGGCAAAACUUUCCUUCCCCUGAGGAGGAGUGUGGCUGACAGGCUGGGGAGGAAGGCAGAGCUGCAGGAAAACUCCGAAAAGGCCCCAAAGAGAGGCACAGUUCAAGUCCUGAAGUCCCUGAAGGAGAGGCUGGGGCUGCCCUCUGAACAGAGCAGCACUGAGACAGACAAAGCUGCCAAGCCCAUCGAGGAGAUCAGAGUGAAAACCCUGGAGGAAAUCCGCUUGGAAAGAGCCAACCAGAGGAGAGGGGAACCCCCAGCCAAAAUCCCAGGAGAAGGAAGGAAAACUGAAGAUCCAAAUUUAGGAGCAAAACCCUCCCCUGCUGCCCGCAGCAAAUCCCUGAUGGGAGCCCUGGUGGAAAAAAACCACAAAAGGUUGGGAGAGGAGAAGGAAAAACCCGAGGAAUUCGGCAGCAGGGCCAAAAGUGAGGCAGAUGCCAGGAAACAGAACAUUCCUGCUCCAGCUGGGGCAGGCAGGGUGCAGCUGGCAGAGCCUGGCAGAGCCAAAGGAGCUGGAGAAGUUCGGAUCAAAACCCUGGAGGAGAUCAAGAGGGAGAAGGCGCUGAGGCUGCAGCAGAGCGGGGAGAACGUCCCUGCCAGCCCUGGCCAGGCCGAGGCUGCUGUGAGGGGCAGGAAACUGCUCAGGGUCACCAAGCUCCUGGCACCUGGAAGAGAAGAAAAAAUGAUUGUGGAGCUGAACAAACCUUCCCCCAAAAAUGGCUCUGCCCCUGCUGAGAAUUCAGGGAAUUCUGGAAUUCAGGUGAAGAGCCUGGAGGAAAUCAUGUGGGAGAAACGGCAGCAGAAACAACGGCAGGAGGAGAAACUGCAGCAGGGAGCUGGGGCAGUUCCAGCUGAAAACCAGGAAAAAAAACAGGAGAAAAACCAGGAAAAAAACCAGGAAAAAACCCCAGGAUCAGGGAGCCCUGAGGCUGCUGUGGGGUCAGCCCAGCUGGGCAGGAGGAGAGGAGGAAAAGCCCCCGAGGAUGGAGGGGGAACCCCAGAGAAGGAGCCGGGGAAAAAGGGAGCUCAGCUGCCCGAGAGGAGAGGCAGAGCCAAAUCCAAGGUGUGCCUGAAGCCCCUGGAUGCCAAAGCUCCUCCCAAGCAGCCCCUGAAGAGGAAGGGCCCUGAGGGCCACCCCCCUGCUGUGGUGGCAGUGAAGCCACUCAGUGCCACCAGCGGGGACACCCAGGAGUCCCCAGCCAAGGUUGUUCCCCCUUCUCCAGACAACAGCCUGGACUCCAACCCUCGGAGGGAGAAUUCCCAGAGCAGCCCUGAGCUGCAGCCUGGCACCCAGGGGGAUUCCCUGGCACGGUCAGAGGUGUCUGGCUCUUCCUCCUCAUCCUCCUCAUCCACAUCCUCCUCCUCCUCCUCCUCCCUGGAGGCUCCCCUGAAGCUGCGGCGCCUGAGCUCGGCCGGCGGCGCCAAGGCCGCGCUCUCGGUGGAGGACGACUUUGAGAAACUCAUCUGGGAGAUCUCUGGGGGAAAACUGGAGGCAGAAAUCGACCUGGAUCCAGGCAAGGAUGAGGAUGAUCUCCUGCUGGAACUGUCUGAGAUGAUUGACAGCUGAGAGGGGAGGUUUUUUGGAAGAAAAAAACAAAACAAAAAUGGGGAAAGAAGACGCGACACCAAAAAAAAAAAAAAAAAAAACACCACCCUGAAAAAACAAAAUUUUCUCCUCACCUCCCACAAAAAUCCUGUAAAUGUUGUUGGAUCUGUGGAGGAGACCCUGCCCCAGCUGGAAGCACAGUUGGAUUGUUAGGAUUAGGCAGAGUCUGCUCUCAGUUAUCCCAAAAUUCCGGGCUGAGUUUGUCCCCCCACGGGACAGGACAGAGCACUUGGAACGCCCUGAGGGGCCACAGAUCCCAUCUCCAGAGCUUCCUCCUGGACAGAAAAUCCCAAAAAAUCCCUGGAGUUACUGUGUCAACUCUGGGAGCCACGGAUGGACUCGCAUUUGGGGGGAAUUCAGGGAAAAGAGGCAAAAUCUGAGGCAGGAUUUUGGACCAAAGCCUGCCAGGGUGAGCCUGGCUCGGGAUGGUCUGGGGGAUUUUUUUCCAUGGGGGAAAGCAAAAUUCCUCCUGGGAUUUUGGAAAAGGAACAUUGCUUCAAGUGCCUCUGCGUUCUGAGGAUUUCUCCCUGCAAUGAACCUCCCACAUCCAGCUGGGAUCAUUUUUGGAGGGGAAAAAGAUCAAACACCUGGAAUGUUCCCCCUUGGCUGCUCCCUCUUUUCCAGCCCUUUGGAGAUGGGAUUGAGUGAAAUCCCCGUGGGGGUUUUUUUUCCAUUUUGUUUUGGGAUUUGUUUUUUUUUUGUUUUUCUGUAAAUAUUUUAUUCUUCCAUUUUAUAUUUGUAUGAUUCUAUUUAAGGGAUUAAAGGUAGGCUGCUCACUG